GUCUUUUUCCCAAUUGUUUAAAUUUGGGGCUUUUUUUUGUUUUAUUUUUCCUUUUUCUUUUUUUUUUAUAUACAUAUUUAUACAUCUUUACAUAGAUAAUAGUGUGGGGCAUUUGAAAUUCAAUCAUGCCACCCAUCCGAAGAGCGGAAUUGGACGAAACGUCUGCGUCGCCUUCAGUGAAUCGGUUGGAACAUGUGGAAUCGUAUUUCCGGAUAACUGCCGUGGCGCUAUUUUCUUUAUAUGCCAUAGUGUACAUUGUUCGAUUUAUAUCUUGGCGACGGAAACGGCGAAGAGAUCAACAAGAUCGACAUGAGCGGCAACAGUUACGCCUUGUUUGGAUGAAAGCCAUGAUGGAUCAUCACUGGCCAUAUCAAUGUUGUUCGCCUCGCAUCACACCGAUAUCGGAACGAAGUUUAUGCCGACAAUCGCAUUCCUACUGCUCCACUUUAUCUCAACCAUGCGAUAAUUCCAUGGCCACCCUCUUUUCCCCUCCCUCUUCGUGGUACGACGAGAAACAAACAAUCGAUUCUUCCACCGACUCCAGUCAACAAAGUCAGUUAAGUCGGUACUGGCGCAACAAUAAAGCACGACGACGGCGACUGAUAUGGCAAUGGAGUUUGGCCAUGGGGUAUUGCCGCUAUGCUCAUGCUCAGAAAUUGGAAUCUCUCAUUGCUCAGCAUCAACUCAAAUCCUCCACCUCCCCCGCCUCGCCAACAGACAGAGACGUUGAACGUCGCACCGAUGGUUCAGCCUUGUAAAUACCCCAUUCAUUUUUACCUAUUUUUUUUUUAUCCAAUGUAAUUCUUGUGAAAAUAAAGCAAAAAUCAGACUGGUUCCGAA